UCUUAUUAAAUAAAUUGGGAUUCUUUGUUUAUGUGGAGAGGAGACGACCAACCAUGGUUAAAUAAGUGUUCAUCAACUGGUACCUAGCAGCAACUAUUUCGACUUCACCUAAGAUUAAUUGUUCUAUUACCAUAAAUGGUUGAAACUAGACGCAUACCAAAUGUUUGACAAAAUGCCAUGACUACAAAUUCAUUGUUAACUCCAAACAUCAACCAACCAAUGAAAACCCACCUUGAAGCUGGAUAUCAUGCUAUCAAUCAAACAAGACGUGAGGUUGACUAUGAUUAGACCACCACGGGUGAGCCUUCACGGGUGGAUCAAUUUGUCUCCAACCCAACAUUAUAGCUGACUUGCAGGUUAUAUUCUUUGUCCUCUUUAUUCCUCUAAUCUAUUCAUUUCACAUCCAACUUCUAUACAAAUGUUUAAUCUCCCUUUCACACCACACUUGUUGGUUUCUAUAAAUCAUAUCUUCCCACAUCUUUCAUUGGGUACCUUAAUCACCACAACAAUCAUGGCUAGAGCAACCAUCCUCUUGCUCCUAUUAGCCCUUCUCCUCUGUUCCACAUCGUCCACUGCCACCCGCCACCACCCCACUUUCCACAAGAUCACCACCACAAAACAUCAAGAUAAGGGUGAUGUUGAAACGGCUGAGAUUGAAGAAGGGUGCAAAGGAAUUGGUGAAGAAGAAUGUUUGAUGAGAAGGAGUCUUGUUGCUCAUCUCGACUAUAUCUAUACGCAGAAGGAAACCCCAUGAAAAAAGCUUCUAUCUUUAUUCAUGUCUAUUGUUAUCUCAAGAUUCUUUAAUGAUGGCAACAGCAGAAAUACAAUAAAACUCAGAGAUCAUUUCAUUUC